AUGAUUCUGAAGGGGCAGAAACGCAAACUCACCCAGGAGGAUGUGGAGGUUUCAGAUAAGAGCGCCCCCCUCUGGGAGAGCCAGCGGCAGUUUGUCUUCUCCGUGUCGCUGAACAAGUACCAACGGAGCCAGGAGCUACCAGAACCAAGCCUGCGGCGGUCGGUUCUGAUCGCUAACACUCUGCGACAGGUCGGUCUGGAAACGUGCAGGACGCCCCCUCUGGACGGGGAGGUGUCUCUGCCUUUGUUGGUGCCACAGGAGACGGAGAGAGAAGUCACUUCAGCUGGAGCCAGACAUCAGUCUGUGGUGCCGGUUGAUGAUGCCUUCACUGAUCCUGCUUGCUGCCCAGUCGUUUCUUUGAAUUGCUUUCAAAAUAACGCUGCAAGCAGAUCUUUAACAAGCUGCCAUUUGAGUGAAGCAAAUGCCCCUGCGACUGCAGAAGAAGAAGAUGGGGACUGGGGGUCGAUGUCCACUGAUUCAGAUUUUUCCCUUUCAGCUGCGAUUUCCUCCAUUCUGACUGCUCUGGACUCUACUAUGGACGUCGGCCCUCAGGCACCUCAACGGACACCUCUCAGGUCCUUGGAGAACCUGUCGGGGCCCUCUGAAGGAGGCGCAGCGUCGGCGAAACAGGAAAUCAGAGAUUACAGUUGGGAUCAUCAAGGAGAGGCCAAGGUGCAGGGGGGCAUCGUGGAGGCGGUGAGGACCAGCCACACAGAGGAUGUUACAAUGGAGGAUCUGUUCCAGGAUAUAGACACGUCCCAGCUGGCGAGGGACAUGGGAGUGCUCGGACUCCGGAGCAGCGGAGGAGGAUUCUCGGCUGCGGAUGAUCUCAUUCGCUACAUUCCGCCCCUCUCGCAGUCCACGUUCUCCUCGCACCCGUUCUCCAUUUCUCUCGGCUCCAACCUGAAGUGUCUGCCUUCGUUCUCCUCCUUCAGCCCUCUGUCCUCGUCGCUGUCUCCACCGGGUUCUGCUUCGUUCUCCGGUCAAAGUCAAGUGAGGGAAGGACUCGAGUUGGAACAGCUAAUGGAGAUCCUGGUGGAGUCUUGAUGGCUUCAUCUCUAUCACACAGGAUGAAUUAUUUUCACUGAAACCACCCACUAAGUUAACACCUCUGUCAGAAUUCAUAAGGAAAAUGGCCGACUCAUCAAAUACACUGUUUGUAACCUUUUUAAUUUUUAUAUACAUCAUACAAUCCUCCAAGAAGCAGCACAUAAUGGUGUUUAGAUGAUUGUAUGAAUGUUCUUGAAAUGCGUAAAAGAUUUGUGGCCGAGACAGAAGAGGUGCGUUAGGAAGUUGUUGUCUGGCAGCUUUUCAAAGUAAUUUAAAGGUUUUUGUAUUCACAGGUAUAAAGGUGUGUAUUAGUUGAUACGUGCAUGGAUGGAAACUUGGAAAAUCCAUUUUCUCUGUGAGGAAACGGCCUAAAAAGAUACAACUUAAAGACGUUAUGUGUGUGUGUUAGUUUAAUGUCUGUGGAUAUGAAGGGAAGUACAGCUGUG